AUGGCAAGUUUCUUCCGUGGAGUUACACAAACACCAUUUCAACAAGCUAUUGAAAAAGCUACAGAUGGAAAUCAACCCAAUGAAGAUUGGGCUUUAAUUAUGAAAAUUUGUGAUCAUGUUACAAUGCAUGAAGAAAGUGCAAAAGAAGCAAUAAAAGUUAUUCGAAAACGUUUACAAACAAAUCCUGUAACAAAUGGAUGGCGUACAAUUGGAUUAACACUUACUUUAUUAGAAGCUUUAACAAAAAAUUGUGGAAAAGUUUUUCAUUUACAAAUAGCACAAAAAGAUUUUUUAAAAGAUUUGAAAGCAGUUCUUACUCCAAAAAAUAAUCCAUCAAUAGCUAUACAAGAAAAAAUUCUUGGCAUGAUUCAAACUUGGGCAUUAGCUUUUCGUGAUGAUCCGGAUUUAAUUACUGUUGAACAAUUUUAUCAAGAAUGUAAACAACAAGGUUUAGAAUUUCCACCAGCUGAACCUGAAAAUACUAUUAAAGCAGCAGUACCAGCUACAGGAACAGUUGAACGUCCUAUGCAAUAUUCACGAUCAAUGUCUCAACCAGCACCUGGCACGACUCAUCGUCAAGAUCGAUCGUUGUCGGAUGUUUCAUCUCAACAAGCUGUUCAGGAACAUACUGUUUUAAGACAAAUGACACCAGAGCAAAUAGCUAAGUUACGUAGCGAAUUAGAUGUAGUGCAAACCAAUGUACAAGUAUUUGGUGAAAUGUUGGUUACAUUACAACCGGGUGAAGAACAUCCACUUGAUCUAGAUUUAUUAUUGGAAUUACAUAGAACAUGUAUACAAAUGCAAGCACGAAUUAUCGAUUUACUUUCACAAGUUGCUAUUGAUGAUAUAACUGUCGAUCUUUUACGUUAUAAUGAUGAAUUUAAUAAUUCAUUAAAAACUUUUGAAAGUUAUAUGCAAGAACGUGAAAGACGAGUUGGUCCAGCUCAAAUGCCAAUAUUAGAUCAAACGGCAUCACCAACUCGAAGUGCAAUUCCAACAUCUCAAUCACCACCAACAAAAACAUUAUCUUCAUCACGUCAUCAAGAUAAUGAACCAGCAUUAAUCAAAUUUGAUGAAGAAUCAUCAACAUUACCAACUAAUUUACAACAAAUGCAUAUUAAUCCAACAUUAUCGGAUGCAAUACCAAAAAAUACUUCACAACAAUCAACGGCUUCAGUAUCAACUCGACCUGUUUCAAAUCAUCAGGAUCCUGAACGUGAUGUAAAAGAAGUUGAACAAUGGUUAAAUAUUUCAAGUGGUAAUGAUAUAGAUAAUAAUUCUCAUCAACAAGGUGGUACAACACAGGCAUUUAAUGAAUUUAUAGAAAAACGUGCAGCAACUUCACCUAAUCAACCAAUAUCAGAACAAGACAUACAUAUUAAUUUACAACCACCAUCAACACAAAAUCAAUCAAAUGCAUAA